UAAUUAAUAAUAUAAUCUAGGAGGAAGGAAAACGAUGAUUUCCCAGUCCCCAAACAGGGGCUUGCGGCGACGGAAUGGGUCUGAUUUGGCGAUGGUUUCACUGUUGAUUCGGUACAGGAUACUGAGAGAGACGACCAUCGUUGGUGGAUUGAAAGACGACAGAGAAAACCCUCAAUUUACUGCGAUCAAAAUUAAAACCCACAAUCGCAAAAACCCCAAUAGGAGGAGUCUUGGUUCGUUUUUGUUGUCUCUCACAGUUCCCCCAUAAUCGGAGGCCAAGGCGAAUCUCAACUACCAUUGUAUCUCCAAGCUAUCUAUUUCAAAUGGGAAGCCCUGAGAAUCGGGUUGCCUCUGAUUCAGUCGAUACCACAUCCAAGAAUGAUUCGGAUGACGACGACGAAAAUGGAGUCGACAGCCCGCCUUCCGAGCCUUGUCCUUUCUCAGAAGGAGAGAAGGUUCUUGCUUAUCAUAACAGUAUCAUAUACGAAGCGAAGGUACUGAAAACGGAAUACCAGUUGAAAGAAUGGAGAUGUUUUCUUCAUUACCUCGGAUGGAGCAAAACUUGGGACGAGUGGGCAGGACUUGAACGAUUACUGAAGUUUACUGAUGAGAAUGUGCAGAAACAGCUGGAACUCAAUGAAAAGCAGGGCACUGACAAAAAGGCAGCUCGGGCAUCACAGAUUAAACCCAAGCAUGUGAUAAAAGGGAGGAAGCGAAAAAAUGAUGCUAGUAAGGAGAAAAAUGCCACGAAUGUCGAGAAGCUAGUGAACAUACACAUUCCAGUCAAACUAAAGAAGCAACUAGUUGAUGACAGUGAAUUUGUUACGCAUCUGGGGAAGCUCGUAAAGCUCCCACGUACGCCUAAUGUAGAAGAUAUAAUGAAGAAAUAUCUUGAAUACAGGCUGAAGAAGGAUGGAACGAGAGACGAAUCGGUAGGAGAAGUAGUGAAGGGACUAAUUUGUUACUUCGAUAAAGCACUACCCGUGAUGCUUCUAUACAAAGGCGAGCGUCGACAAUUUGAGGAAUUGGUCAUCGAUGAUGUCUCUCCAUCUACCAUAUAUGGUGCCGAACACCUUCUACGUCUGUUUGUUAGGUUGCCUGAGCUGUUGUCGCAAGCCAAUAUUGAAGAGGAGACUUUGAUGGAACUGCAACAGAAAUUAGUUGACUUGCUCAAGUAUUUACUCCUCUUAUUUGACUGUUCGUUUUUAAGGAAGAAUCAGAGUGCAUUUUUCUUAUCAUCGUACCAUGUGCCUGAGAAUAUGGAAACCAGCACCAACAACAAUUCCCAUGACUAAAACAUAUAUCCUAACUCUCGAAAACAAUUUAGCCAUUGAAAAGAAAGCCUGUUGUGGUUUCUUAAUCACUGUAUAUAUUCUUGCGUGCAUAACGCUAUCGCCUCAACUCCGAUCCAAUGCGAUGAUUAGCCCAUUAUGAAAUUCCAGCAGUUGUAAUAUUUUUUCUUUUCAAUUCCGUUUCUUUGGAUCUAUCUUAUCUCUGUUCAGUUCGUACAGUCCCCAUUGCUUUUAUAUUCAAGUAUGGUAUUACAAAAACCGACAUAAGAGUUUGUGUCUUGAUUUGAUCCCAAAA